AUAAAGGACAUGUGACGAAGACAGACAGCGACUCACAGGAACUGGAGAUCAAGGCUUGACUGGAGGUGCUGUCAAAGUGUGUGUGCAGCCAUGAGCUACCAACAGAAACUGGCAGAGAAACUUACCAUCCUCAAUGAGAGAGGAAAUGGAGUGCUGAUACGCAUGAACUACAUUAAAAAGACCUGUGCGGACGCCAAGCUGCGUCCAUCCAUCCUGACUGAAAAAACAAUGGAGCCUGCCAUCAAGCACAUCAACAAAAAAUUCCCAAACAUUGACUUUAAAGGAAGUAUUCAACAACUUACCAGCAUCCAGCGGCAAAAAUCUGAAGUAUUGCAGGCCAUGGCGAUGUACUACGACUCGUUCCUGGACGUCAUUGAGUUUCGGGACCAUGUGUAUGAGCUUCUGAACACCAUGGAUGCCAGUCAAUGCUUCUUUGAUAUCAGUGUUAACUUUGACUUCACCAAGAGCUACCUGGACCUGAUCACGACCUACACCUCGGUUAUCAUCAUGCUCUCACGCAUCGAUGACAAGAAAACGCUGGUGGGAAUGUACAACGCAGCACACGAGAUGAUGAAAGGAAGCAGCGACCCUUCCUACCCGCGCCUCGGGCAGAUGUUCGUGGAGUACGAGCAUCCCUGGAAGAAGCUAACUGAAGAGUUCGGACCUCACACGAGGUCGGUGACAGCAGCUCUACUCUCCAUCAAGAUGAUCUACCCGCGCCGGAACCUGCCAGCAGAGCAGUGGAGAAGUGCCCAGCUGCUCAGUCUGCUCAGCGCUCCGGCGACAAUGUUGGACCCAGCCUGCUGCGACACUAUGACAUGUGAAUUCCUGUCUGUGGAGGUAAUGGAGCGCUGGAUUAUAAUCGGCUUCCUCCUGUGCCACAGCAGCCUGAAUAGCAACCAGGCCUCCCUGGAGCUGUGGAAGAUGGCUCUGCGCAGUGGCCUGUACGCCACCCUCACCAGGGACGAACUCCUCAACAUACACAAAGUCUCUGAGGACGUUCUCGACAACAUCAAAGGAUACAGCAAACGGGUUGCGGACAUCAAAGAGUGUCGUGAGCAGGUUCUGGCCAACAGCGGGGCCAUGCACCGAGAGAAGAGACAUUUUCUCCGAGCCGCCCUGAAGGAAUUAUUCAAUGUUCUCGCGGAUGAACCAGGACUUCUGGGACCAAAGGUCCUAUAUGUCUUCAUGGCCCUUUCCUUUUCCCGCGACGAGGUCCAUUGGCUUGUCAGACACUCUGAGAACAUGCCAAAGAUCAAGACUCCUGAGGACUACAUCGACAAUGAAAUGGCUGAGCUGCUGUUUUAUAUGGAGAAACUCAGAGGGCUGCUGACAAAGUACAGCUCUGUGGUGCAACGGUACCACAUUCAGUAUCUGUCACAGUUCGACGCCCUGGUCCUCAAUGACACAAUCCAGAAUAUGUAUGUCUGUCCGGAGGAAGAAUCCGUUCUCAUGACUUCCUUUGUUUCAACGCUGUCUGCUCUCUCAGUCAAAAACGUGGAGAACAAAGAGAAGAUCGACCUUCGAGCCGUGAGGUUGGACUGGUUGAGGCUGCAGGCUUACACGAGUGUCAACAAGGCCCCCCUGCCGUUAAAGGACUAUCUCGAUCUGGCUAAAGUGAUGAACAUGAUCCACUUUCACACCAGACUUGUGGACAAUUUAGAGGAGCUUUUGCUGGAAACAUCAGAUUUGUCAAUCAUGUGCUUCCACCCUCGAGUGUUUGAGAAGAUGUUUCUUCAGAGCAUGGAGGAGAUGAACAUGAAGCGCUACCUCAUGGCCUUCCCCUCUGUUUGCACUCACUUCAGUCUUUGUGGACAUCCCCUUUGUCCAGAAGAGAGGGAGGUGGUGGAGAAGAAAGGUCUUCAGCUUUGCUCCAUUUUCUUGACGCACAUUGCCAAGGUGACCGCCGAGGUAAUGAUGGAAAUAUGUUCCGAACAGUGUAACCUGGACGAACAGCUCAUGCCCAGACACUCAGCUGCUGCCAUUAGUGCAGCUCGACACCGUAAACAGAAGAGGCCACCGCCGAAGAAAGGAGAGGUCGUGAGGGAGAAACCGGGCAAGGAGAGCCAAAGAAAAGACCGAUCCGUCUUGACCAACAUGGACAUGAUGCAUCUGAUGCUGACUGAGAUCUGCUCCACCUACAGCCUCAGCAGUGACUUCACCAUCUAUGAUCACAUUGUCGUUCCCACUGAGUUUCUCCUGGCUCAUCUGGAGUCACGGCUCACAGAAAUCAUCGUGAGAAUGGCUAAUUACAACCGGACCACCCAUGAGAUCGCGCGCCCCGUCGACCUGCUGGCAGGGAUACGAGCCUACACAGCGAGCCUGCACACCCUCUCCAGCUACGUCAACGUGGACAUCAGCCGGCUGGUGAGGACGGUCCUGCUGCAGCAAACUCAGCCGCUGGACUCCCGUGGAGCGCAGACCCUCACACACAUCUACACAAACUGGUACCUGGAGAACCUUUUGCGGCAAGCCAGCAACUCCCUCAUCGUCCACUGUCCCACCAUGCACUGCUUCAUCAGCCAAGCUACAGACACUGAGACAGCUGUCAGGGCAGAGGAGUACUCAGAUAUUUCAGAGUUAAAGGGCCUGGCUGAACUUCUGGGUCCAUACGGACUGUCGUUUAUGUUUGAGAACCUCAUGUGGCACAUCACCUCUCAAGUCGGUGAACUGAAGAAACUGGUGAUCGAGAACAUGGACGUCCUGGUGCAGAUCAGGAGCAACUUCGAUAAGCCAGAGGAAAUGGUCCAUUUGAAGAAGAGGCUGACAGGUGUGGAGAGCUUGUUGAAGAGGAUGGCCAUCAUCGGAGUUAUUCUGUCCUUCAGAUCCAUGGCCCAAGACUGUUUGAAAGAGAACCUGGACAAACAUUGUCCCUACCUGAUGGGGCCCAUUGAAUUCAUGAGGGAUGCCAUUACCCCUGAAACAGACAUCAAGGUGACCUUGAGCGUCUUUGAGUUGGCCUCAGCGGCCGGAGUGCCGUGUGACAUCGACCCUGCUCUCGUCGCAUCCAUAAACAGUUUACACACAGACAACACGUCUAUUGAAGAGGAGUACAAGCUCUCAUGCUUGCUGCUGGUCUACAUCGCCGUGUCCUUGCCCAUUCUGGCCCAGGAUCCCAACUCCACCUACAACAGUGAACAUGGAGGCCACAACAACAACAUCCACUGUCUGGCUACGGCUGUCAACCAGCUGGCCGCCGCGAUGUUCACCACUCAGAACAAAAACAUCGAGCAGCAUCUCAAAGAGUUCCUGCUGCUGACGUCCUCUGCCCUGCUUCAGCUCGGGCAGAACGAGGAGAGAAUGGAGAGCAAAAACAGAGAGGCUGUCUACCUGCUUCUGCACUUGAUUGUGGAAGAAUCUCCCUUCUUGAGCCAAGACAUGCUUGAGAGCUGUUUCCCAUACGUCCUCCUCCGAAACGCCUACAGAGAGGUCUUGAGGUCCAAUGUCAUCUUGCUGGGGUGAACGUGCCCUCGUUCAUCAUGAUAGUCGCUGCCAUUGCCGGGAUGAGGAGAUUCUUCUGUGGCUGCUUUAGCUCCUGCUAGUAUCAUGUCGUGUGUGAUUGUUAAAAUAUGGUAUUUACUUAAAAUAAAAACUCUCUUGAGCCUUUUUUUUGUGAAUUCAAUAUUCCAUUCAUAAAUAAAGUU